AGCAGGCAUUUAGGCUACAGGUUUAGUUCUCCCCAAAGUUGGCGCAUGGAUGAGCACGUGGGUAUUUGUUUUGUUCAAGAGACAAUGACAAAGCGGCCAUUUAAAGCCACUCCGAAACAGAACAGUUCAGAUCACCCAGCCUGAUGUGGACAGCGCUUCAUGUCACCCUGAUGUUAACUGCGCUGCAGGUCAACUCGAUGAUUCCAACACUUCCUCCGCCGACAACAGUAGCAGGAUGGGAUCUGGUUGGACUCUAAAAUUCGCCGUCUGUGAGCUGCUGCAGUUCGCUGCUCUGGCCACGCCCCUCUUGGUGGUGAUGCAGCGGUUUGCCGCCAUCGUCUCCCGGGCGAAAGAGGAAGCAGUACCACCGGGCGACGCCCUCACCGCCUAUUGGCUGAUCGUAGCGUCGGGCGUGGCCUACAUCACCACCGUGGCUUUACUGGUCUGGCUGCCACUCAAGUACAUGGUGUUCAUGAAAAAGAAGAUCUUCAGUGGGCACAAGAAAUGGAGACCCGUGGCGUUGGCCUAUGUGAUCUUGUCCACUCUUCCCUGCUUUGCCUUCCUUAUCGCCAGCUCAGAGGUGCAGGUGGUUAACAACAUGUAUUAUGACACGUUUGAUGAGCUUCCCGUGUCUUUGGUUCUCUUCUCACUCAUAUGCAUUGACAUUGUGGAGAGGAUUCGCCACUGCAGACUUACUGGACAAGCCAGUGAGCUGGAUCGAGACUCGGACAUCCCCACUCUGACUCACUUGGAGCCAGUGACGCCUGUCAACGCCACGGCAACGGGCACAGCUGCCGCAGCAACGCUUCCUGUGGGCGGGGCCGAGCAGAACGGGGCGCGACCUUUACGACCAGGGGAGGCCAAUGGGACGGUCGCAGGCAUGCCUGUGGGCGGGACAGACCCGAGGACACGCCCCUUCGGCCCGGUGCCCGUGGGAAGCCCACACCCAAGCCCCACGUCCUCGGUCGUCACGGCGAUGCGAUUCCCACCGCCGUACUCUGGGCCCCUGCGGUUACUGCUGGCGAGCGACGCUCGGGCGGACGAGUUUGGCCACGCCUUCCUGUUCUGGCUGGACACUGCGGAGCUGCUGCGAGCAGGCGGGCGGCCGGACGUCUGCUUCUCCCGCUGGGUCUUCCCACUCUACAUCUGCGGCUUCCUGUCCUGCCUGCGGCUCAUCCUAGCCCCCUGCUGCCCUCUGCUGGCCCCUCUGGGUGUGCUGCUGCAGGACAUGCCCUUCCUGUUCCUGAGGGGGGCGCUGCUGGGUGCCUUCGGACGCAUCUCGCCGCUACUCUACCUGUUUAAGAACCUGCUGGUCUGCCUGGCCUACAUCUACUUCAACUUCAUGACCAAGCUGCGCAUCUUCAACACACAGAGGAUGUUCUGAGAGGACAGGCCUGGCCUACAUCUACUUCAACUUCAUGACCAAGCUGCGGAUCUUUAACACACAGAGGAUGUUCUGAGAGGACAGGCACCCGCUUGGCCCAUUGGAUGAGAAAAGCAACGGUGGCUCCAUCUGAUGAGAAAAACAAUGGCACCCGCUUGGCCCAAUGGAUGAGAAAAGCAACGGUGGCUCCAUCUGAUGAAAAAAAAACAACGGUGGCUGUGAUCUGAUGAGAAAAACAAUGGUGGCUGUGAUCUGGGACCUCAGAGGACUAAUGGAGCCUGCUCUGAUGGAUUGUCUCCGAUGUUUGCUCAGGGCAGCAAAGAACAGCAACUGCCCACUGAGUACCAGAUCAGUUCUGCUGCACUCAAGGCAGUGAGAGUGUGUCUGAUGACUGCUGAUCGCUGCGUCUGUGCUGUCAGCUCCACCAGACUCACUGACACUCCGACUUACUGACUCUGUGACUCACUGACACUCCGAUUUACUGAUUCUCUGACUCUGUGACUCACUGUGACUCCAUAUUCUGAUAAUCAGACACGAUGACUCUAUUAGAUUAUGUUUCGCUCAUUAAGAUUGUAACUCUGACCUUCGGCCACCAUGGCUCUUAGAUUACACUCGGACACUCGGACACUGUGACUGUGGGAUUCCCUAAUUAAAACUCUUUGGGAUUGAAAGAGCUGUGAUUGUGAUUCGCUAAUUAAGACUCACUGGGAUUGAAAGCGCUGUGACUCUGGGAUACACCAAUUAAGACUUUGGUAUUCACUAAUUAAGACUCUGGGAUUCACUAAUUCAGACUCUCUGGGAUUCACUAAUUCGGAUUCACUAAGUCAGACUCUCUGGAAUUCACUAAUUCAGACUCUCUGGGAUUCAUCGGCUGUGAGAUCUGCGCUAGGUGCAGUGAUGUCAAGGGGAGGGGCCGUGCACAAUUGCUUUUUUAAUUGGGUGCUAAACGGACAGUUUAAUCAACAAAUUAAUUUUUUGGUCUGUCACUGAAUUUGUGACUUAGGCAAUCAUAUGAAGCAUAAUUCUACCUUGUACUUCUGAGCCAGUGAGUAAUUCUGCUCUGAUAGCAAGAUGUAUUCCGUUUGCUUUUUUAAUAUCAUCUGCAGCAUUUAUGUUUCAGAAAUGAUACAUGUGGCUCUCAUCUGUGAAGAGUAUCUUUAGAAACAACCACUGGUGACAUUAGACGUCAUUAGGCUUUUUCUAAGGGAAGCCAAGAUAAUGUUUAUUCCCGGUUUGGUCAACAAAAUUACACCAGUGCGGGGGAAUGGGGAAAAAUUGCAAGGAAAUGUCCCAAUUCAUUUUUAACAGAAAAUAGAGAACAUAGUUUAUAUCAUCCACAAGUAUACUCAUAUGACUUAUAGAGGAGACAAAUGUUACAGUUUAAACAUCGAUGCAAAGCUAACCACUUAGCAGCUUACCCGUGUGUAGCGCUCCACUGGUCUGUAUUAGCACUAGUGUUCAAUAAAGUACCGAAGCCAUGAUGUAGCGUUGCCAAGGCAGCAAUUUCAGUGAAUCUGAACAAAUCAAUUCAACCAUAGUGGUGACCAUAACGAAGGCUUUUUCUUAAUCUAUUUAAAUAAUUUUACCACAUUUCCGUGACUACAGACUUUUAUUUUAGCA